AAACAAACAAAAGACAAACGAAUAACAUUGGCUGCUGUUAUCACGAGUCCUCAGUGUCAUCACUCGGAUUAGAGAUACUCAACCUCAAAGAGAGCAAGAGAGAGAGAGAGAGAGAGAGCGAGAGAGAGAGAGAGAAAGAGCGAGAGCGAGAGAGAGAGAGAGAGAGGGAGACAGAGAGCAGAUGUGACAGCAGCAGCCCUGCUCCAAGUUUGCAGCUUUCAGGGAGAAGCGGGGGGGUUCAUCUAUUUUAGGUUGACAGAGUACAGUUUCAUGCUGAGGCUAUAGAGAACAAGUCACACACUCCCACGGAGAAACACGUAUCCUGACCCGGAUUUACGCGCACUCCGUCAAACCCAUGAGGGAUAUAGACUGAAGAAGACAGACAAGAGCGAAAUGUCGGGACGACAGGAGACGUUAUUCCUCAUCAUCUUCCAUCUCCACGCGUGGAACAGGCCCACGGCUCAAGCCAUUCACCCGGACUGCGCCAUCAUCGCCCAGCACCACAGGGCUCGGGAGCUGUGCAGCCUGACCCGGAGAAGCGAAGCGCAGAACCAGAGCGACCGGAGCGGCUGUAAAACAGAGUGGGACCAGAUCGGAUGCUGGCUCAGGGCUGACGCAGGGCAGGUGGUCAACGUGUCCUGCUCCCAAGUCUUCCAGCAUUUUUCCAGCAACCAAGGCUUCGUUUUCAGGAACUGCACGGCGGACGGCUGGUCGGACACGUACCCGCCCUACGAGGAGGCCUGCGUCUUCAGCGACGACAGCGAGCCCGAGUCCGAGACCACUUACCUGUCCACCUUCAGGCGCGUCUACACCGUGGGCUACGCCACGUCGCUCAUCUCCCUCAUCACAGCCAUAGUCGUCUUCACAGCCUUCAGGAAAUUCCGCUGCACGAGAAACUACAUCCACGUCAACCUGUUCUCCUCCUUCGUCCUGAGAGCCAGCGCCGUGUUCAUCAAAGACGCCGUGCUGUUUGCAGACGAGACGCUGGACCACUGCUCCAUGUCCACGGCGUCCUGUAAAGCAGCCGUGGCCUUCUUCCAGUUCAGCAUCCUGGCCAAUUACUUCUGGCUGCUGGUGGAGGGCAUGUACCUGCAGACGCUGCUGGCGCUGACCUUCGUCUCUCAGAGGAAGUAUUUCUGGUGGUACAUCCUGAUCGGAUGGGGGCUGCCGUCAACAGUCCUCAUACUUUGGGUUCUAACCAGAUUUUUCUACGACGACAGGGGUUGCUGGGACGACACAGACAACGUUGGAAUUUGGUGGAUCAUCAAAGGGCCGAUAACGGCCUCGCUGCUGGUAAACAUUGUUAUCUUCGUCAACGUCAUUCGGAUUCUGGUUCAAAAGCUCAAAUCAUCCGCCAUGGCUGGAAACAACGACACCGGACACUUCAUGAGACUGGCUAAAUCCACCCUGUUCCUCAUUCCGCUGUUCGGGAUGCACUACACCGUUUUUGCGUUCCUUCCUGAGAACACUGGAGUCGCAGCCAGACUUUACAUCGAACUGGGACUGGGAUCUUUUCAGGGUUUUGUGGUGGCGCUACUUUACUGCUUCAUGAAUAGUGAGGUGCAGACAGAGCUGCGGAGGUGGCUGUGGAAGUGCCACAACCAAAACCACCUGACUCCGGCCAAGAGAAGCAUCACUCAGAUCACGAUCCGGGCCCACGGAGGGCUCAGACACCCCCCCUCCUGUGGAAACAUCUCCUCAGUGUGAUCUGAGAAACGGUCCAUGUGACGCGGGGCGGACGUCAGGCUGCAGUCCUUCAGGUGGAACCUGCUGACAUUCAGUCAGGAACGACGUCUGUGAGUCUGUAACAAACACCGGUGAGCGACGGAGGACGUGGGUUUAACACACGCUUGUCACCAAAAACCAAACCGAACGCACGCAGGGGUCAUUACACGGACGGAGCUGGAGCCGAGCGGCAGUUUACAGUUUGGACAAAAAUCAGAACACGCUGCGGAUUAAACGACGCCGUGAAUGUGACAGCACUUUUUCAGCCACUGAAAUCUGUGUUGGACUGAUGGAAUGUGUGAACGGAUCCAGGGAGCCGGGGUAUUUAUGGCAUAUUGGGGGUAAACUGUCUGAAGCUGCCGUCUGAUGUUACACUGUUAUUUUGAAGCACUGUCUGCUUGGAUGAGCCACCAUUGCAACAAUACUUUGGUCUUUGCGUUGUAAUUUUCAUGAACCCAUUGUCAGAUUAGAGAUGAUUAGUGAUGAUUGAUAGGAGUCAGAUUUCUUCUUAAAAUGACAAUGCUAAUUCCUUUGGCGUUGAGUUGUUGGAUGAUUCAAACUUAGAGCAAAAGUGUAACUGUGAAUGUGUAAUACUGUAAUUCAUGUUCCAUGAACACUGAGCCUUUUAGCAAGGGCUAACGUUGAACCUUGGCAUCAUUGUGUUAAUGCAGCAGUUUAUGUACUGUUUACAUCUAUGUCUAGAAGAAAAGAGCGGUAGGUUGGAUAUAGAACCAACAGAACGGGACAGACGUUCAGCGACCUUGAUUUGAACCACUAUUGUGUUUUUAUUGUGUUGUGGGGCACUUUAAUAAAUUUCACUCAUUUUCCAAACCUCCAAGUAAGCCAAGUAAACUAAGCUUUCUGGGCUAAACCAUAGAUUUUCCUAGGUUCCAUUUUAAUACAGUGUAUUUUAAAACCCUUUGUCUUUGACAAAGACAAACUAUAAAAACAUUUCUGACCAAAUCCCGACUUUAUGGCACCACAACUUCUACACCCGUCGACUCUGACAACAGAACAAGUGGAAAUGUGUGUCCCCAAGAUGUUGGAUUAUCAUUAGAUCAUCCUGUUUUACCUUUGAAGGCAUGAACUGAUUCAUCAAACCAGUGAAUCCUAAGUUCACCUCUGUUUGUGGCAAAUCUGACCAGGCUUCCUGAGGAUAUUGGGAUCAGAUGCUGCAGGAAGGCACUCGUCCAUCUGCAACGUGGUAGAGAAAAAUACGUCGUAUUAGUGGAUUUUUCUUUUCAUGAACAACUCAAAACUAUGGUUCCCUUUAGAAACAAUAUGAUUUCACAUAGCACUUUAUUUUACAGUGAAUAAAUAACUGUUUCUUACAUAGAUUUAGUUAAGGCUGAUGUAGUUACUGUAUGCCAAUGCUAAGAAUAAAGAAUAAAUAGUUUAAUGUC